UUGUUUAAUCAGAGAUAUAAACUUCAUGUAGCUUAAAUAAAGCAUAUAUCUACUUCAAAAACAAAAUUAAUUGAGUUUGGAAGUUUCUAAAAGUUACAAAACACAAAGAUGGUUUUUUUGCAAGCAAACACAAAGAUGGUACUAUGCAGAAGAUUUUGCUCUGAGGCUUCAGUUGCAAAGAAAGAUGUGUUCCAAAGAGUUUUGGCUGGUUUUCCUUCAGGAAUACAAAUGGCUUUCGCAUAUGGAUCUGGUGUAUUUCAACAGACAGGCGCAGAUAUGUCAAAAAACAUGCUUGAUUUUAUAGUGGUCGUUGACAAUCCUACAGAAUGGCAUAGAGAAAACAUGGAACAAAAUUUUAAACAUUACUCAUUUUUGAAACAUCUAGGAGCCAAAACAGUGUCCAAGAUUCAGAAUUCUUAUGGUGCUGGAAUAUAUUUCAAUACGCUUGUUCCAUUUGAACAGAGACUUAUAAAGUAUGGAGUUAUUGGUACAGAUGUAUUGAUUUCUGACCUGUUGAAUUGGGAUACAUUGUAUGUUAGUGGACGUUUACAUAAACCUGUGAAGAUUGUAAAGAAACCAAAUUCAACUGAGCUUAUCGAAGCAUUACACACAAAUCUAUCAAGUGCUGUUCAUUCCUCGCUACUACUUCUGCCUGAAAAUUUUACUGCCAAUGAACUGUAUAUGACAAUAACCAGCCUUUCCUAUAGUGGUGACUUUAGAAUGAAAUUUGGUGAGGACAAAGGAAAAGUGUCUAAGAUCGUUGCGCCAAAUUUGCCUUAUUUCAAUAAACUUUAUAAACCAAUUUUAAAUGAAACAAAAUAUUUAACAUACAGUGAGGAAUCAGAAUUAUUUAUGCACACUCAGAGCAAGGAAACAAGGUGUUAUCAUUUGAAUCAUGUACCAAAUGUUGUGGUUGAUAAGCUAUCGGAUAUAUGCAAAAAAACAAACCCAGAUAUCCCCAGACAUGAAAUUGUAGACGUUAUAGCAUUUGAUAGUAAAUGUAAUGACUUUGUUUUUGGAAGUAUAGCAAGUAUAGUAAACAAAUCUAGCUGGAGUCAGAGUGUGAAGGGUAUAUUAACAGCUGGCCUUUCCAAGAGCAUUAGAUACAGCUGGAGUAAAGUUAAGAAAAUGAUAAAAAAUAGUUAAGUCUGAUACAGAUUUGAAUAUGGUUCUAUAAGUGAUUGGAGAAUCAUUAAUAAAAAGUAUAACUUUUAUUUAAAAAAUGUCAAUUUUGAAGUGUUUAUGCAUGAAGUGGAAGACUACUUUUUUAUUGACUAAUCAAAGGAGAUUUAAGAUGUGAUAUAACA